GUUAGGUCUGCUUAAACAUUUUACAACCGCACCAAGUGUUUUGAGAUAGCAGCGGCAGAGUGAGGGGAAGCAGGGAUAGGGGAAAGGGGCUUUUCUAUGGCCACCUUGGAAAGCCAUGCAAGAUCCCUGGCUCAACCAGCAAGAUAAUACAUCAAAAGACAGUUCAACUAAAUAAGGGCAUAUAAGUUUUAUCUCUCAGAGGGAAACAACCGUAACAAAUCUUACUCAGUCAGCACAGAGGCUGCAUUAAGUUCAUGACUCUAAAAAUCGACCGGGGAUCAACAGAAGUCAUCCGUGAGGGAAUAAGAAAAUGCGCGCCUAAAUCAAAAUUUUAGGGUCUAGUGCGAAGGCUACGUGAAAAAUACCGAAAAGUACAAAUAAAUUCUAAGCACAGUACCAAGGAUAUCCUAAGUUGUUUUUAAUGACAGGAGAAGGUGGAUGCAGUCUGAAGGAAGAGAUUUUUAUCUUGACCAAGAUUUAUUUGUUGUCAUUGAUUUGACUUUACCUUUGAAUCACAUUUUUGUAUAGAGUCACAGAAGGGAAGGUAUGAGUGGAGGUCGUUUUGAAUUUGAUGAUGGCGGAGCUUAUUGUGGUGGUUGGGAAGGUGGCAAAGCCCAUGGGCAUGGGAUCUGCACCGGACCUAAAGGACAGGGCGAGUUCUCCGGCUCCUGGAAUUACGGGUUUGAAGUAGUUGGAGUGUACACCUGGCCAAGCGGAAAUACAUAUGAAGGCUUCUGGUCGCAAGGGAAGCGCCACGGUCUAGGAGUUGAGACUAAAGGACAGUGGGUUUACAAGGGAGAAUGGACUCAUGGCUUCAAGGGGAGAUAUGGCUUGCGUCUAAGUGUGGGUAGUGGAGCAAAAUAUGAAGGAACAUGGAAUAACGGAUUACAAGAUGGAUAUGGCACAGAGACAUAUGCUGAUGGAGGCACAUUUCAGGGCCAGUUUACUGGCGGUAUGCGACACGGGUACGGAGUCCGUCAGAGCGUGCCCUACGGCAUGGCGGCGGUGGUCCGCUCCCCUCUCCGCACCUCCCUCACCUCCCUCCGCAGCGAGCACAGCAACGGCACCUUGCUCCAGCAGGAUGUCCCCGCCAUCACCACCACCAACGUCGCCGGCCAGGAGACCCGGGUCACCACGCCCACCAAGCUGGGGCCAUCCCGGGGUGGCUUCGCCCUGACCCUCCAGGUGGACCCGGAUGCCGUUAAACCCAAGAAGAAGGGCCUGUUCCGAAGGGGGUCUCUCCUGGGGAAACUGAAGAAGUCAGACUCCCGUACGUCCUUAUCCAGCGUGAGGAGCAAGUUAAGCUUCCUGGGAUCGAGGAGCGAAUCUGCGUUAAGUUCUGCUGCCAGCGAUGUGGCCAGCGAUGCCAACUCCACCAUCAGUCUGGGAGACGAGAGCCUGGCCGGGCCGGAUGAUUUCCCCCCCGUGGAGGCCGACAUCGAUGCCACCACCACAGAGGUCUACAUGGGGGAGUGGAAGAACGACAAGCGCUCGGGCUAUGGAAUAAGCGAACGGUCCAGUGGUCUGAAGUAUGAGGGUGAGUGGUUGGACAACCAGCGACACGGCUAUGGAUGCACUACCUUUGCGGAAGGGGGCAAGGAGGAGGGAAAGUAUAUGAACAAUAUGCUGGUGAAGGCCAUGAAGAAGAGGGUGAUCCAACUGAAGGGCACCAAGAUCAGGCAGAAGGUGGAGCGCGGUGUGGAGGGAGCUCAGCGUGCCUCUGCCAUCGCCAGACAGAAAGCGGAGAUUGCUGCUUCCAGGACGACCCAUGCUAAGGCCAAGUCAGAUUCUGCCGAUCAGGCCUCUCAGGCUUCCAACCAAGAGUCCAGCCUCGCCAGGUUGGUGGCCAGGGAACUGUCCCCUUCCUUCUAUCAGCCAGGCCCAGAGUACAUGAAGAAGAGAGCGCUACAGGAGAUCUCAGAUGGCAAUGAGAACACAGGCCCUAUAAUGCAUGAACCACUGUUAGCAGGGCAGCCACCGUCACCCGCUGAAAGCCCAAUGCUGCACGACAGGCCUGACUCCUCUCCAGUCCGCACGCCCUCCCCCAGCCCUGCUGUGACCCCUCCAGCGUCCAGGCACUCCAAGCAGGGCAACGUCAGCAAAGAGGACCCCCAUCUCCUCGGCCCCGCUGGCUGGAACGGGGACAAAGGCAAUGGAAGUCGGGGGAGCAGCCGUCCCAAUAGCAGAACCAACAGCCGGCCCACCACUCCCGCCCCUGCCGCUGCUCCCCCUGAAGAGCGCCUCGCUACUGCCCCCAUCCCUAGCAGCCGCGCCUCCAGCCGCUUGAGCAACAAGGGAGAGCAGGGCUCGGACCUGGAGAUCAAACCCCUGGAGAAGACGGCAUCUGAGGCUAAAGUGUCCGAAGCUGCUCCCUCGAUAAGUACCAGUGUCGCCUACUCAGAAGAAGAAAAAGAAGCUCCACCCCUUCCUCCCGCCUCCAAAGUGUCUUCCAAAGCUGCCGUCACCCCCGAGCCUAAAUCGUUAGAGCCCAAACAAAGAACAGAGUCGGUCAAUGAACGACCCGUGUCCACCAUAUCUGAGAGCGAACCAGAGUCCAGUGCCCAGUCUGUCAAUAAAGUGUCACCCAAGCCUUCGCCAUCACUCAGGCAAUUGACGAAACAGGAGGCCAGUCCAGCUUCAAAACCUGCCACACCUGCACCUACACCAGUGCCUAAAGCUGCCAAGCCAGUCCCGAAGGUUGAACCCAAAGCAGAGGCCAAGCUGAUGAAGAACAUGGUGAAGAGCCCAAGUGAAGUUACAGAAGUAGUAGAAUUCGAGCAGAGUCCGAACACCAUCAUGAUAACCAUGGUGAUUCUUCUCAACAUUGGCCUGGCCAUUCUCUUCGUACACAUCUUGUCAUGAAACACUGUCGACCCAGGUCACCACCUUGCAGUGGUGUUGAGGUCAUUUUUAAGCAAGGACCAUACAGAACAAGAAAACUGCCAAGAAGCACAAGCCUUAUAUGAAGGAAGCAUGUGACAGCUCCUCCACACACAGCCUCUUGUUGAUGUGACUGCUUUGAGGUUCUUUAAGGCUAAUCUGCUUUCCAGAGGCUUGGAAUCAGAGGAGGCUGGUGGGGGGAGCUAUAGGAGGACGGGCUCAUUCGUGUCUGUAAUGGAGUUAAUGGAACGGUGUCAAACACAUCAACCAUAUGGAAACCACAUGUUUGAUUCUGUUCCAUUUAUUCCAUUCAAGCCAUUACAAUGAGCCUAUCCUCCUAUAACUCCCCCCGCCAGCCUCCUCUGCUUGGACCAUCUGGAGCCGGAUUAAACAACACCAUAUGAAUCCGGAUUGAAGGACAUCAAUGCAUAUGAAUCCAUAUACGGCUCAGGAUUGAAGGACAUCAGGAAGAGGGUCUGGAAGAGAAGAGGGUCUGAAUGGACACUGUGUUUGUAAAGAAGAGUUGUUGAGUGAGUUUCGGUGAGUUUCGGUGUCUACCCUGGAGAUGUUGUUGAAUGUUAUUCACUGGUGAAGUCUUUGGUAAAUGAUAUUUCACUGUAUCUGAGUCAACUAAAGCACUGUGUGUUAUGUUUUCACAAAGGGCUAAACCCUUCAUAUUGGAAAACACUGUCUCCUCAGAUCACCGGCAGAUUAGAGUGGUUGUGGUGUGGACAGGUUAGAGUGUCAGGAAAGGAUUAGUUAGCUUUGUAAUUAGAUAUUUAUUUAGCUGAUAUCUUGUUUAUAGGAAUGUAAUCUCUGGGAAAAUCUCAAAUGAACUGAAUAUUCUCUAAUUUCUGCCUAUUUUUGGCAAUUAUAAUUAGUGGUUUGGGGCUAAUAUCAGUGUUCCUAUUUAUUGACAGAAAUCUAUAUUAUGCUCCUAUUACUUUAUCUGCCUUCUUCCUUUUUUGCCCUAUUCUCAACUUUCUUCAGUAGUCAUCAAUAAAGACAUGUUACAGUCUCUUUGACGUCACAGGGCUCUAAGACAUGAAAUGCUGGUUCUUUAUUCGGCAACGCCUGAGAAUCCGUGAUGUUCUUGUCUGCAAUGGCAAUGCAACCCACCACAGCAAUGCAAUGUAAUGGACAGUUGAUUUUGCACAUAACAUAUUCUCUCUCCUAGGCAAUUUUGAGUGAGUCACACUGGAAUGGUACUUAUAAAACAAUAUCUGUAUUAUUUAGUAAGAGGCUUUCAAAUGACACAGAAUCGAGGAGGAAUUCUAGGUCUUUAACCAGUGUAUGUGGUAUUGGAUUUCUGGAGUAAUGUGUAUCUAUGUUGUUUUCUGGUUGUCUGAUCAAAAGAAACGUAAAGCAGCCUAUUGAAUGGUUUGAGUUUAUUAAAAACAUGACAUGAAAAUAAUGAUACAUUUGGGUGGGCAGUGGGGAGUCAAUUUUGUCAAAAACCUUUAGGGAACAUUAAGUGUAGAUUUCGAGAGGGUAUUUAUUUGAACAAAUGGGCUUGCGUUGUUAGGACGUAAAUGUGAGCAGUUGUUUGGGAAUUCAGUUGGUCUGUCUGCUUCAGAAUAGGUCACACCAUUUAAGAUGCAUUGCACUCAGAACAAACCGUUUGCGCUUCAUAAUCAAUCAAGAUGACUUUUCUCCCAACGUUUGUAUGCACGUGGGCACUGUUGUGGGUGUGUUUUUGUACCUUUUUGAAGUACACAUCUCCAAUGUGGUGUAUUUAAAAGAAACACUCCAGGUCUUACUUUACUGGAGAGCACUACAGUAUGAGAUUCUGCACUGUAUAAAUCCUUAUUUAUAACUUUAUUUCCCCUAUGUCCCCGAACAGUUGUCUUCCCUUCAAAGACGAUUGAUAAGUAAGUGGGAAAAGAUAUUCAAGAUAAGGUACUCUUGUACAUUACGUAAAAGAGGCCUCAGAUCUACUUCCUUACUACUCCAACUCCCACCUAUGGACAUUGCACUUGUAUUGUUUCCCUCAUGCUCAUAGCGACAUGAGACUCUUCAACAGUCUCCUUACUCUCGACAUUGUUUCAUAAAACAUCGACACUUUCUGUAACAUACUUUCAUUGCAAUAGAACACUCACGAGACCCUCAAUCAGAAGUGACUGGGCUAAUCCAGGAGCUGAUUAUUUAAGACAUAAUCCUGGAUGGAUCCCAUUGUAUUCAUAAAUAUUGCUUGUCCUCUUCUAAAAUUGUGAAAUGAAAAUAAAAGACAUCUUCCAA